UGCCGCCGCCGGGCCCUGAGACCCGGAUGGCCGUUUAGUCGGUGCUUAGACGCCGAGGCUGCCACAUCGGCCCUUGGACAAAAUUACAAAGCAAAGGGGGAAACCGGGGGAGGGUGGGACCGUGUAAUCCGCCGCCAUCCUCCGUCUGGGACGCCCAUCCGCCCCCGGAAAGCUCGCCUCCGGAGAGAGCGGACUCGGCCCGAUCCGACGAGGUGAGUCUCGUCCCAGAGGCACGUUUCGCGGGGAGCCAGGAGGAACCAUCGUACUCAAUGACCUUACAGCGCAAUGUCAGAUCGUUUGGGGCAAACAGCAAAGGGGAAGGAUGGAAAAAAGUAUUCGUCGCUCAACCUGUUUGAUACAUACAAGGGCAAAUCCUUAGAGAUCCAAAAACCCACAGUCACUCCCCGCCAUGGCUUGCAGAGUCUCGGUAAGGUUGCUAUUGCCCGGCGCAUGCCACCCCCUGCGAACCUGCCAAGCUUAAAAGCGGAGAACAAAGGCAAUGACCCCAACGUCUCACUAGUACCGAAAGACGGGACAGGAUGGGCAAGCAAGCAGGAACAGCCAGACCCAAAGAGUACCGAUGCCUCGACAGCUCAGCCGCCGGAAUCGCAGUCACCGCCGGCUUCACAGACGCCUGCCUCAAACCCACCGAAACGACCCCCAACGGCCCCCGAGAAUCCCCCUACAGUAGCAAGCGGGGUAAAGUCUUGGGCACAGGCCAGCGUUACCCAUGGAGCGCAAGGAGAUGGUGGAAAGGGAUCAAGCCUACUGUCGCGAUUCUCUCGCGAGGAAUUUCCGACCCUGCAGGCAGCUGGCGACCAGGACAAAGCUGGCAAAGAAAAGGACACUACCGAUGCGUCGUAUGGGCCCGGACCAAACCUCCGCCCCCAGAACGCAACCACUUGGCGGGAUGGAGGCGGGCGAGGCACUGACGGGGAGCUGGUGCCUGAGGACGGGCGGGCUGGGGUCGGCAUGCAGCCUAACGUCCCGCCUCAAUUCCCUCCCUACCGGGGGAUGAUGCCGCCAUUUAUGUAUCCCCCAUACCUCCCGUUCCCGCCUCCCUAUGGGCCACAGGGACCUUACCGCUACCCCACACCUGAGGCACAGAGGUUCCAGCGGCUCCCAGGGCCUCGCCCCUCGCAACCUCCGCCACGCACCUCAGAGCCUGUGGGCCGACCACCUGUCCUGAAGCAGGACGACCUGAAAGAAUUCGAUGAGUUGGACCAGGAGAACGAUGAAGGCUGGGCAGGAGCUCAUGAGGAAGUGGACUACACGGAGAAGCUGAAAUUCAGCGAUGAGGAAGAUGGGAAAGAAUCUGAUGAGGAAGCCACUGAGAUCCGUGAUGAGGCAUCUGGCCCAGAAGGCCAGACUUUGGGCACAGAUGUGAAGAAGGCUGGAACUCCAAAAGAGGAUCAACCCCUGGUGAAAACAGCCUGGGCUGAAAACUCGCAUCCCCCAGAAGGCGCCAAAGAGCCACCGCCUCCUGCAGUCCGGCCACCGCCGCCCCCACCUCCACCUCCACCCAACCGGGGCAAUUGGGGACAACCCAAUGACUUCCCAGACCGCCCCUUGCGGCCGCCUCCCCAGGAAGACGAGGAUGAAGCUUGGCGUCAGCGCCGGAAGCAGUCGUCGUCGGAGAUCUCUGCUGCUGUAGAACGAGCCCGCCGCAGGAGGGAGGAGGAGGAGCGGCGUAUGCAAGAGGAGCGCCGAGCUGCCUGUGCUGAGAAACUCAAGCGCCUAGAUGAGAAGUUUGGAGCUCUGGACAAACGCCUGAAGCCAGAGCCGCCAAAGGAGCCUCCUGCACCGCCACCUGCUCCCACCCCUGUACCCCCUAAUCCACCAGCUCCCCCUGCCCUCCCAGAGGAGAAGAGGGAGAAUGAGGAGCCUGUUUUGACUAGCAAGCCUCGCAGUAUUGUUGGUGGAGGUGGAGGUGGCGGCAGCAGCAGCAACGGAGGCAACCUAGACUCUGCCAGUCAUGUUGAGCCACCUCUGACUGCUCCUCCGAAGGAAGUACCAAAACUGAGGGAAGAGCCACCGGUCUUGCCUGUACCUGCUGUCCCGGCAGCAGCUCCCAUUCCAGUCAAGGUGGAACCCAAAGGGGAGACAAUCCUUCAGACGCGCCAACCGCCUCCAGCCCAGACUCUCGGCUACUCAAAAUAUCAGAAAUCAUUGCCGCCUCGCUUCCAAAGACAGCAACAGGAGCAGUUGUUAAAGCAGCAACAGCAGUGGCAGCAGCAGCAGCAGCAGCAGCAACAUAACCAGGUCCAGCCUUCGUUGGCUUCCUCAGCCCAGCAGCAGACGGCCAGCGCUUCUCUGUCCACAUUGGGCCCCUCAGGCAGUGUCCACCCUCAGGCCGGGCCACCAGGGACACAGCAGCCCCCGGCCCCGCCUCCAUCCCAGCAGGCUCCCCCCAAAGGCAUGUACCCAGGCUCUAUUGGGCGGCCCCCACCGAUGCCUCAGAUGAACUUCGACCCUCGCUGGAUGAUGAUCCCACCUUACAUGGACCCCCGCAUGAUGCAAGGACGGCCCCCAAUGGAUUUUUUCCCCCCUGGGGUACACCCUUCUGGACUUUUGCCUCGCGAGCGAUCGGACAGUGGGGGUUCCAGCUCAGAGCAGUUUGACCGGCACCCUCCCAUUCUCCGAGAGCGGGGCACUCCACCUGUGGAUCCCAAAAUGGCCUGGGCCGGAGAUGUCUUCACGAAUGCUCCUUCUAACACAGACUCGCGUCCUCAAGCAGCAGCCCUUCGUCAGCAGCAAGAAGAGGAAGAGAAAGCAUUAAGGAGUGAGACACCCCCUGUUCGCCUACGCGAUGCUGUUACCCCUCAGCCUUACAUGGGAAACUACCAGGGUUUCUCAGAAAAUGGCAGUUCUGCUCCACUACACCGUUUCCCGGUGGAUGAGCCACCAAGGCCGGGGCCACCAUGGCAAGCUAACAUAGCCUUGGCAGCAUCAGCAGAGGUGAACAGAAAUGUGCGUCCUGAACCCCAGAUCCAGCCACCUCGCAAAAGUGAAGAAGAGCUUCCACUGCUGCAUCGCGAGGCCCCAGAAGAGAGUAAAGCAGCCGAACCUCCCAUCAUUCGGCCAGUGUUAGCUAAGAAGCCUCCUGCUGAACAGCCCAAAGAGGAGGUUCCAAUCAAAGAGGAGGUUCUGCGGCGAGUGGAAAAGCCACUGCGGCAGCAGCAUGAAUUCCAUAAGCAGCCUAGGCGGGAGUCCAAGACGGAGACACGUUGGGGGCCCCGUCCUGGCAGCAGCCGGAGGACUGAGGAGAUCUCUGGGGAAAAGGCCCCACGGCGAGCUGGGCCUAUCAAGAAGCCUCUCCCUCCAAAGGAAAUGAAGGAUGAAAGUGAGGAGAUUCGUCCUGCAGCGAAGGCCAAGGAAGUUGCAGAGGCUGCAAGCAACAAACCGGAGCCCCCUAAAGAGUCCCCAAAACCAGGAAAAGAGAACAAGACCAAGCCAGUGUUAAACGGGGGAACAAUCAUGCCACCUAAAGAGCAGCAGCAACAACAGCAGGGCCCAUUGUCGCCAAGCCGGCGUCGUCGAGAUGGCCCCUUUGACCGUGGCGGCUAUGCUGGCCGUGGCCGGGCCAGGGGCCGCGGAGAGUAUUUUGCCAGAGGUCGGGGUUUCCGGGGAGCCUACAGCGGCCGUGGGCGAGGGGGGCGGGGAAGAAGUCGGGAGUUCCGUAGCUACCGUGAACCUUUCUACCGGCUGGACGAUGGACCUGGUAAGCCCCCUGGACCGGGCUCCAAUUUCCGCCCACGCAAUACCAGCGAGACACGGAGCGAAGGCUCCGAGUAUGAAGAGAUCCCCAAAAGGCGACGUCAGCGGGGAUCAGAAACGGGAAGUGAGACUCAUGAGAGCGCCAGUGACGUGGCCCAUUCGGACAAGGAGGUGACUAAAGAACCAGCCCCAAGCCAGCGCAACCGAGGGCACCCUAUGACAAAUACAUCUGCACCCUCUUCACUGCACCCUGGCUUGCCUCGGUUUGCUGACAAGAUGCCUCCACGUCUCUCAGAUCCUGGCACCCGUGGUGGGCGUGUCUUCACCCCUCGCGGUGUGCCCUCACGGCGGGGCAGAGGUGGCGGCCGUGCCCCUCCUGGAGGAUGGAGCCCUCCGUCUAAGCCCCAGCCCAACAAGAAGCCUGAGAAGCAGCAAGAGGCACCUCUGGAGUCCUCCGGAAAGGAGAAGGCCCCAUCUGGACCUCCUGCAGUGACUCCAGAGGACUCCAAUGUUUUCCAAGGUCCCCCAAAACAACAGCCUCUUGGUCCCAACCCAGACCGUGGCUUUGACCGGCCACCCCGACGACGGCGCCAUGGGCGUUCCCAGCAGCAGGACAAGCCACCCCGCUUCCGCAGGCUGAAACAGGAGCGCGAAAAUGCAGCCCGGCUCAAUGGGGAGCAGAGGGCAGCACAGCCUUUUCCCCCAGCAGCUUCUGUCCCGGUGCCAGAGGAAUCGACCAGCAGGCGAGUGGCCGGCUCAAAGUCCCCUGAUCUCUCCAAUCAGAACUCUGACCAGGCCAAUGAGGAGUGGGAGACUGCUUCAGAGAGUAGUGACUUCACGGAGCGCAGGGGCGGAGGUGAGAAGGAGCCAGCGCCGGGCGGGCCUCCCCCUACUGCCUUCCUGAAGGGGGGCUGUUCGGGUGCUCCUUCAGUAGGCGGGCGGCCCUCCAACAAUGAGCUCAGCUUAGCCCAGAGAAAGGAGAUGUCCAAACGCAGCUUCUCCAGUCAGCGGCCUGGCAUGGACCGCCAGAACCGCCGCUCCAAUCCUGCCCCCGGUGGAGGAGGCAGCGGCAGGGCCGGCCGUGGAGGGAGUGGCAGCGGGCGAAGCGGUGGCGACAAGAGGAGCUGGCCCUCUCCCAAGAACCGCAGCCGGAACACAGAUGACCAUUCUCCAGGUCUGAGUCUUCCUCCAGCGCCCACCACCAGUACAGUGUACCGCCUGGACCGCGUCAUCCACAGCGACCCGGCUGGGAUCCAGCAGGCCCUGGCUGAGCUUGGGAGCCGCCAUGCCAAGCCAGCCUCCUCCCCCGGUCCAGCUCAGCCACCCUUCCUGGGGCCCAGAAACAGCAAUUCCUCUUCCCUCCCCUUGGGACGCUUUGAAAGUAGGAGCAGUGGCAGCACAGAUUCUUGCUUCCUGGACAAGAACCAACUGCUCCGCUCCAACAGCGGCCCCCUAAAAGACUCUGGUGCAUUGAGCAGCUUUCCUGCAAAGCAGCGGGAACGGUCUCGCAAGCAAGACUUAUUGCAGCAGGAAUCCCUGGCCUUCCCCAGUGGCCCCGGAUUUUCAGCCCCCAAAGAAGAGGCUCCUGGAGAGCCCCGCAGCAGAAGUGUCCCAGUGUCUGAGGGCAUAGCCCCACAGAUUUGGAACCAAUUGAAUUCUAACUCCUCAAGGAAGAGCUACAGGCCUGCCUCUGUGGAGCCCUGGAUUGACCCCUUGAAUGCCUUUGAAGAGGUUGCCAGUACAGAGAUGAGCCUCUCCGACAGUGGCGUGGAUCUCAGCAGUGACUCGCAGGUCUCUUCAGCCACAUGUAGCCAGCGAAGUUCUCCUGACGGGGGCCUGAAGGCCACACCAGACACUGGCAACAAACACAGUGGAGCCAUCGGCACGGGUAGCAGCGAUGCAACUGUUGCAACUGGGCCCGAAGGAGCCGAGCCAAAAGAGCAGAGGCGGCGGCCACCACCAGCCAGAGACUCCAGUCUGCUCAAGGAGAAGGUGAGUGGUUCCCCUGAACCUCCGCCCCGAGACCACCCUCCUCCCGGUGCAAUUGGCACUGAACGUUCCCAGCGAGCGGAGAAGGCAAAAGACGGUGGCGAGGGGCUGGGCACCAUGAAGUCAGAGGCAGGUGCUCAGCUGGAUAACUCAGGGGCCUGCCCACCCAUCCAGUUUGGAGCCAGUGAAAAGGAUGCUGAUCUCCGUUUCAUAGUGAAUGAAGGGCCGAAAGCUGACAAAGAAGCACUUACUGAAGGGCUGGCCUCUGCCCCCCGGGAAUGGGAGCUGCUCCCCCCGCCUCCUGCCAGCCACAGAGCUUCCCCCGAGAUGCUUCCUGGCCGCUCCUGUGAUUCCCGGCCAUUCUCAGUCGCCCCAGCUGCUGUCUCCGCUGCUUCAUGCCUGCAGAGCCUCCCAGCAGACUCCUCUAUGUUCUCAGGCGAGCGAGGCCAGGGCCAGCGACUCUAUCCAGAGCUCUUCUAUGGGAGCCAGGUCCCCACCUCUCAGCUGGAGUCGCAGCUUCACGGAUCGAGUGGGGCCAGCAGUUACCACCGUCCGAGCACUCCCUCCUUGCACACUUACAGAUCCCAGCACCUGUACCUCCAGCCCAGCCCGGGUCCAACCUCUCCCGCUCAGGGGGCAGCGGGAGCUGUUCUCUCCAGCUCGGCCUUGCUCUCGGGGGUGGCGCUUAAGGGGCAAUACGUGGAGAUCUCGGCCCUGCAAGCAGCCGAACUCCCCAAGCUACCGGCCACUGGGUUGCUGUACCAGGCUCCCCCACCUUCCUUCAUCUACAGCUCGGCCUUCUGCGGCAGCCAGCUGCCUCCGGAGCAAGCCAUGCUUCAGCAGAUGCGCCAGGACCUGGCCUCCCCAUCGGAGUUCUAUCCCGCUACCCUUGGGCAAGGAAGCCAGAGCAAUUUCCUGACCGCCACAGGCCCAGCCCAGCAGGUACUUUUGCCAGUGGUAGAGCCGCCCCAACUCCCACCCGUGGUGAACUUUGGCUCUUUGCAGCAAGGCCCACCCGCAGCCACUGCUCCACCACCGCCCCCCAUGCCCCUGGUGCCCAUGGCCACCCAGGCCUUGAGGCCACCGGGACAAAUGCCGGGGCGCCUUAUGUCUCCAGCUGUGCGAGCGUUCCCUCACGGUGGAGUGGGCCGUAGCGAGCUCCAUACCCUGGAAAUGAAGCCACUCCAAGACUACAGGAAACUAAAUGGCCUGGGGGCUGCGGGGGCCAGACCCCCUUCUGGAGGCAGGCCUUUCUCUGGAGGCUUCAAUGCCAGGUUGAAAUCUCCUGCGUCCGGCUACGGUAGUAUCUUCCGCGCCCAGCGCUUUGAGGUCUACCAGCAGUCGGACGUGCGCUGGAGCCCGCGUGCCUGGGAGCGAGCGCCCCAACCCCGUGACGGCGGCCCCCCUCGACGCCUCGAGCCGGACCCCCGCUCCCACAGCGACAAACAAGACCCCAGUCUCUCUAGCCACCACUAGUCCAGGAUGCAGAGUCCUUUCCUUUUUCAUUCUGUCCCCCUCCCCGAAAAUGCUGGGAAGGGGGCUGUUUUGUGGGGGCUUGGUCCUCCUCUUCCUCCCCCCCCCCCCUUGGUGUAUCCUGAAUAUGGGGUGUCUCCUUGAUUCCUUUUCUGUUUUGUGAGGAGGGCGACACUGGAAUUUGCCCCCUCAGUUAGGGGGUGUUAGACACUUAGUGUACGGGAGGGAGGCAAGGAUCAGGAUUUUGGGACGCUCCCAGCUGAAUGUAUCUUUGCUUAUUUCCUUUGGUUUCACCCAAGUUUUGUUUGUUUUUUUCCCCUUUUUUCCUGGCAAGGGGCUAAGGUUGCCCUUUUGAUCUGAGGGGGGAGCAGCUCUGAGAUGUGGAGUGUAAAUAUAUAUAAAUAUGAACACAUGGGGGUCUCACCUCUCCCCUCUUCUAUUUAUGGGGACCGGGGUGAAGUGAGACUGGGAGCUUGCCUCCUCUCCUGUCCAUUUGCUCCCCUGAGUUUGAAAUAGGAAGCGUUGAGUUUUUAAACAGGUGGUCGAGCUGGUUUGUUUAAUAAAUAAAAACCAAAAAAAGUUGUUUAAAAAAACCAAUAAAAUAAAAAGUCAAACUGU